GUGCUGCCCGGACCUGCCACCGCCCGCCUGGACAGAGGAGGGACACGGUGACUCCAGGGGGCUCCCCCACCCUUCCCAGGGCCCACGCCAGCCACACGGCCGUCUUCUUAAGAAAAGCCACCCCACCUCCUAAACCCCACCAGCAGCGCCAGCCCCCCCCUCCCCCGAGCAGCACCGGCCCGCUCCUGCUCCGGGGCUGGGUGGGAGGGGAGGCCCGCGGCCAUGGAGGUGGCCACGGACCAGCCUCGCUGGAUGGCCCACCACGCCGUGCUCAACGGGCAGCACCCCGAGAGCCACCACCCCGGACUGGCUCACAACUACAUGGAACCAGCGCAGCUCCUACCUCCGGAUGAAGUCGAUGUCUUCUUCAACCACCUGGACUCCCAGGGCAAUCCCUACUACGCCAAUUCUGCCCAUGCCCGGGCCAGAGUCUCCUACAGCCAGGCACACGCCCGCCUGACCGGGAGUCAGAUGUGCCGGCCUCACCUUCUCCACAGCCCCGGGAUCCCUUGGCUGGACAGCAGCAAGGCGGCACUGUCCGCCCAUCACCACAACCCCUGGACCGUCAACCCCUUCACCAAGACCCCCCUGCACCCCUCGGCGGCCGGAGCACCCGGGGCCAUCUCUGUGUACCCGGGCAGCAGCACGUCCAGCACCGCCUCUGCCUCUUCGCUCACCCCAGCCUCACACUCCGGCUCCCACCUCUUUGGCUUCCCCCCAACCCCUCCCAAGGAAGUGUCCCCAGACCCCAACUCCACCAGCGCCGCCUCCCCAUCCUCCUCUGCCGGGGCCCGGCAGGAGGACAAAGACAGCAUCAAGUACCAGGUCUCACUGUCGGAGGGGAUGAAGAUGGAGAGUGCCAGCCCUCUGAGGAGCAGCCUUGCCAGCAUGGGGGCCCAGCCUUCAACUCACCACCCCAUCCCCACAUACCCCUCCUAUGUGCCAGCCGCACACGACUACAGCAGCAGCCUCUUCCACCCUGGCAGCUUCUUGGGGGGCCCUGCAUCCAGCUUCACUCCUAAGCCACGGAGCAAGGCCAGGUCCUGUUCAGAAGGCAGAGAGUGUGUGAACUGUGGAGCAACUGCUACCCCUCUCUGGAGAAGAGACGGCACCGGGCAUUACCUGUGUAACGCCUGCGGGCUCUACCACAAAAUGAACGGUCAAAACCGACCUCUCAUUAAACCCAAGCGAAGGCUGUCAGCGGCCAGGAGAGCAGGGACUUGUUGUGCCAACUGUCAGACAACCACCACGACCUUAUGGCGACGUAACGCAAAUGGGGACCCAGUUUGUAAUGCGUGUGGACUCUACUAUAAAUUGCACAAUGUGAACAGGCCUCUCACCAUGAAGAAGGAAGGAAUUCAAACCAGGAAUAGGAAAAUGUCCAACAAAUCAAAGAAAAGCAAGAAAGGCUCAGAGUGUUUUGAGGAACUGUCCAAGUGCAUGCAGGAGAAAUCCUCUCCCUUCAGCGCUGCUGCCCUUGCUAGUCACAUGGCGCCCAUGGGGCAUUUGCCACCUUUCAGCCACUCUGGACACAUCCUACCAACACCUACCCCCAUCCACCCAUCUUCCAGCAUCUCAUUUGGACAUCCACACCCAUCCAGCAUGGUUACAGCCAUGGGAUAAAACCUGAUGACCAAGAGACCCACCCAGAGAUUAAAGAACAUGAGGCUUUGCCUAAGACAACACCAAGUAAGAAAAUGUUCUGCCAAGAGGAGAAUGUAGGGAUGACAAAGGGGAUCUUUGCUCCCAUGUGGUUUAACUCUUAAUGCUGGACUAAAACCUUGCAACUGAUGGGUCUUCUGCAGAAACAUAGUGGUGCCUGUAAUGCACUUUGCCCCCUCAGGUAUAAGGAAAAAGAACUCACCUGUUCAAUACUUCAUGGUCCAGCGGGAAGCAAAAGGUGGCAGAAGCUGAAGGAAAAGGCUUGGAACUGGCUUUCCUUUCUCUCUUUGUCAUUACUGUGAAUACUGUAAAGAGAUCUAAGCAGCCUCCCAGGAUGGAAUCGGCUCACUGGAAGCCAGACAUGCUGGAUUUCUAUCGUGGACUUCGUUUGGAAUGGGGAAAAAAAGAAGAAAGAAAAAAAAAAACAGAGGACAUCUUUAUAAAACCGUAAUUUUUAAAAUGAAAUCAGACACAAAGUCAUAUUUAUUUUGCUCUUGUUUUCCACAAAAAGCCUCAGCCCCUCUGAUUGCAUGUUUUUGUGCUGUUGUUUGCAAUGGCUACCGUGUAAGCAAACCUGCCUUCGAAACAAGGGGAGAGGGAGAACAUACUCAGUAGCCCCUUGGAUUAGCUCCAUCUAUCUUCCAUACCAAAAUAUCUAUAGGAAGCGGGGAAAGAUUCGGGGGGGGAAACAAAGCAAAAAUGUAGCCAUAAUACUGGAUUUUAACGUGACCAAGAUGGUGAUUAUUUUAACAUGAUUUUGUCAUUCUUUUCCCUAACAUGAAAGACUUAUUUAAAAAACUCAGCCCCUCUCCCAACUACCCUUUUAUUCCUCAAACUA